GCCUGACACCAGAGCAGUUGGUUGUGUUGUAAAAAUGUUCUCUUGUGUUUAUAUUGUGUUGCUUGCGCUGUGUUUUGAGUCGGCUUUUAGUGGGGAUGUCUACAAAGCCGCCAUAGUGGAUUCUGCAAAAGACUUCAAUGUGAAUAAUUAUGAAGCAUUGAUACAUGAAGCAUCUAAGUCGGGUGCAGAUAUAUUGGUUUUACCUGAAGAAGUUUUGUCCAAAACCGACUUGGAGACAUGCGGACGCUGUGUUCAUAAUUAUGAUGAGAUAGUGAAAACCAUAUCAAACGCAGCGCAGUCAGCUAGGAUGUACGUCGCGACGCACGUAUAUGAGAAAAUAAAAUGCCAAGAAGGAGACGAUUUAGUGAGGAGUAAUUUGGUGUUCGAUAGACGCGGUGACGUUGUGUCAGUAUAUAGAAAAUCUUUGAACAACGCAAACUGUAAUGCUACAUAUUCAAAUACAGCGACUUUUUCUACUGACUUCGGAGUAAAAUUCGAAGUUAUCAUGGAGGAAGACCUUGUUAUGAAAAACGUAAAAGAUAUGGGAUUGAGGAAUUACGUGCUUUUAGGUGCUUGGGGACACCAAAAUCGAUUUCUAUCUGCGUCACAUUUCGCGUCGUCUUGGGCAUACAUUACCAAAGCCAAUGUAAUUUCUUCCAACGGUGUUCAUAGUAAUACUGGCAAGAGAAUCAAAUAUGGCAACAUUAUCGUCAACAUACUGGAAAAGAUUGGAAACGAUCACCCACAAAUAAUCACCAGCCCUUCAAACACCGUCUCUGAAGAUUGGGGGCAAUAUAUCAUCAGACCUUUGGACCUGGAGCGGAGUACCCACGGUUAUAAGGAAAGCGUGUGCCAUGGGCAAUUCUGUUGUCAGUUCUAUGUGAAGACGGCUGGUACAAAACUCAAGGACGUGACAUACGGAUUAGUGGCUUAUGACGGUUUGUUCAACAUAGGGCGCGGACACAUAGUCGGCUCACAGAGCUGUGCUCUAGUAGCAUGCGCGGGAUUGUAUAAACGAUCGUGCUUUUUGCAAUCAGAAAAUAACUCCACAAACGUAUACUUCGAGAAAAUCACAAUAACUGGCAACUUCAGUAAAAGCGGCGUUCAAUUUCCAACAUUCCUAACAACAACACAAACAACAAUCAACAACUUUGAUCUUCAACACCAAUUUACGCAGAAACACGUGAAGGUAAAUACGGAAAUUUACGAUAUGAAUGAUUUAUUACGAUUUGGUAUUUUCAGCCGAGAAUAUAAUAGCGAUUUUGUGUCGGAGGGUGGUAAAAAUUCAUCUGAAAAUCUAGACUUUACGGAUUACAUUUCGAGUGAAAACGUUCAAGAAUUCUUUGAUUAUAUCUGGAUUCGAUUGAGGAUUGUUAUUUUCGUAGUUUCUAUUUAUAUUUUGGAAAUGAUGUAAAUGAUAACAGAGAUUUAUUAUAAAGCUUUUGCCAGGGAGUAGUUUAAUAUACGUUAUUAUAUAUGUAAACCUUCCUCUUGAAUCACUAUAUCUAUUAAAAAAACGCAUCAUAAUCCGUUGC